UCAUCUCAUGUGACUUCUUUUCUCUUCCUCUUUUCAUGGUUCAAAUGAAUCGAUUAUCUUCGCACUAUUUUUAACCAGCGACCGUAUUAAUUAGACGAACCGAAUAUACUACCUUCGUUGAACAACCUUCAUACGAAGUAGAAGUAGUCGCGUCAAUUGGUCUGCGGAGGUGUUCGAAAGGAAUUAAAUCUAGCGAGUUCACAAUUGUUCUUGUUCACACACGACGUGAGCCAAUUGUUCUUGUUUCCAUUCACUUCAAGAAUUCCUCAAGUACAACUUCUACGUAGCGACAGCAAUUUUUCAAUCAUGGAGCACACCGACGACGACCAUUCCGCUCUGCGCAAUGGCGGGCCCCUCCUCGGCGACGACAAUCCGACCAAAAUCAACACGGGCGUGGCGCCUUCGAUUGUCUGCAACCUGCUCGGUAUAGUGCCGCAGGAGCCCGUUCUUUCGCCACACGGAUACAUCUUCGAAAAGCGGGCUAUCGAAACCUACUUGGAGAGCACAGGUACUUCCAUAUAUAGGAUGUUUUUUGAAUGUGUUGCUUGAGAAAGCGAAAGACGGGCUGCAGAGGUGGUCUGUGGGUUGUUUGCUGCAUGCGUUAUUUAGAUGACCUUGACCACCACCAGGACCACCUCCACGUGAUGCGAUUGUGACGAAUCUUUCUAAAUGAUGCAAGUUUAAACGAUAUCCUCCUAAUGUAUAAAAACCUCUACUACUUGUUUUAUCUCCAGGUAAAUUCUGUCCCGUGACCCGCGAAGCGCUGAAGAAGGAGGACCUGGUUGCGAUUAAGUCCGAGCGGGCGCAGGUCCCCGAGGCACCGCACCCCCACAGCAUUCCCAAUUUAGUGCAGUUAUUGAGGAAUGAUUUGGACUCGAUUCUGCUGGAAAAUUUCUGCAUCCGGAAGGAAAACAAAUCGCUCAAGCAGGAACUAUCCACGACGCUCUACACGGAAGACGCGGCCAUCCGCCUGAUGGUGAACCAACAGAGGGAAAUUGACGAGUUGAAGCAGAGGAAUCAGUCGCUCGUUGAGGAGAUGCAGAAUCUGGGACCCAAAGCCUUUACCGCGAACGGGGCGAUGGUUUCCGGUAGCAUGGGCAACGGGGUCCAGAAGAGUAUUCCGAACUACCCAAGUAAGGACUUUUUGAGGGAGAUGCAGGAGUUGGAAACGAAAUUCCGCGCGGCAAGAAGGGAAAAGAAGAAUAAGCAGUUCAUCGAAUACGAAAAGUUUGAUCCGGUCGCGGCCGUGCCGCUGCACUCGACGACGGUGAAGGGCAUUCGGUGCUUGGCGUUACACCCAGAACUGGAGGAUAUGCUCGUCACGGGAGGGGUAGACGGAACCGUGGUCGUGUUUCACAAACAAAAAAAGUCCAUGGUGGACCAACUGAAGAUACAGUUGAAGGUAUUGAUGUUCUUGUAGUAGUUUUUACUUCAGAAGUAUCAUGACAAAGCAUAUAAUAGCAUUUGGCUUCCGUUGUACUUCUGCGAGCUGCGAGCAGGUGACAAACUUUUUCAGGUUCUUGUGUAUAAUUAGCAUGAGCAUAAUUUUGAAGAUUGUAUUCACCUCGUCGACCUCAUGUGUAUUCACUGUAAAAACCCACUACUACAGGACGCCAAGCCGAUUACCGCCGUCGCUACCUACAACGAUUUUAUCGUGGCCGGUGGUCUGGACGGGUCGAUCGGCAUUUGGCGGGCAAACAACAAGGAGUGGGAACGGGGUUUCGUGAAGACCAACAGCUACCGGUUUCACCGACGGGAAAUCACCAACGUGACCUUCCACCCCUGCACCUCCGACGACGUGGGGCCCUAUUUUCUCGCAAGUUCCAAGGACAAGUCCUGGUCCAUCGUGGAUGCCAACUCCGGCGAGCUCGUCGCCCACCGCAAGCAACUCCCCAGCGAGGUGACCGCAAGCUCCUACCACCCGGGAGGCGGUUUGCUCGCGCUCGGUCGCGCGGACGGCGCGCUGGAGAUCCAGCCGGUGAACGACCCAGAUGCGGUCAACGAGGAGGACGAAACCUCCGACGGCGUCAACAGCAUUCCGGGCACCAUGUCCCUGCCCGCGGAUGAGCAAGACCCGAACAGGACGGGACGAGGGAUCAUUUCCUGCUGCCAGUUCAACCCGAACUGUACCUCGCUGGCCGCCGCCACCAGCUCCGGCGCCGUGCAGAUUUGGGACCUGCGGAAGUCGAAUUUACUCCAAACCUUGGAGUUCAACGAAAACACGGUGCAGAAGAUCCGGUACGACAAAACGGGCAAGUUAUUGCAAUGAAAAAUUAUGCCCCCACCCCCCAACCUGCGAGCAUUUGUAUUGCAAACCUUUCCAAAUGAAACAUUCGCCCUCUUGCAUCUAUCACCAUCGCAGAUUUCCGAUCGUGAAUGGCAAAAAUUUGUAUUGCAAAAGAUCCCAGCAAGAGCGGUGCUUGUCAUGCAAGCGAUGCGAUACGCGCCUAGACUCUGCAUCAGAAAGAUUCAUACUCCUUUCAUGCAUGACAAAAAGUUUUCAUUUGGAAACUUCGCAUCACAAAUUAUUGCGCCUGCGGAGGCAAGCCUUCCCAGCGAUGCCGGACAAUGGCAAUGUCGGUUCGGUUGUUUUAGCAUCACAAAUUAUAUGCAACAUUGGGGGUGGGGGCAUUUUUCACUGUAAUACAAGUACCUGCUGAUUUGCAGCGAGUCCGCGGUCCACAUCUACGCACAGGAGUCGAAGGAAGCCGGUUUCGUGCACAAGAGAACAUUGUCGGACCACAAGGACGAGGUCAUGGACGCGUGGUUCGGGCCGGAUGUGAUCGCCAGUGUGUCCAUGGACAGGCAUUUAAGGCUGUACGAAAACGUGGAUUUGUGAGGCGGGGAUGAAGAAGUAUUGUGAAUAAAACUUCAGGGGUCUUGUUCACUUGAACAUUUUCACACGUAGUUAUAGUAGAAAGACCUCGGGGGCGGGGGGUCGUUCUUCUACUAGUGCCAACACGACUUCUCCGCGGGCGGACACAUUUUUUGUCCACGAGUGUGUGGUUAGAACAAGCUCAAACUUUUUGUUUUUGAGCUUUACGGCGGGAGUAUUGCGAAGGAGUGUUGAUGUUGAAAGUAGUGGAACCAAGUUCAUCGAAAACAAAAGGAACAGCACCCAGUCCCGAGGAACGGUCGUGGUAAGUACCUAGUUACGUGUGGCGCAGUUGUAGAUUCAUUGUGAUCCAAAUAU